AUGUCUUCUGUACCGCUCCAUCUUUUCUUCAAUUCGGUCAUCUUUACGCGUCUUCAGGCCAACGACUACGCCGUCUUGCCAACUACAGAGAACUGGAUGAGUGGUGGGAACUACAACAACAGUCGCUUUCUCAAUUCCAGCACAGAGAAUGUGCACAGAAUCACAUCGGAUUUCGAGCCUUACAGGGUAGAUCUGAAUGAACAAAUCAUGUCGUUGAACGGCACCAUGAUGGCCAAGUACAAGAAAGUCAGCAUAUCGCAGUGCUUUGAUAGUUACGACGACCAUUAUGUUUCGUCAGUAGGUAAUGUUUACUUGAUACAGGCUGAGGCGACAGUGUGGCGUAAUUCAUCCACUUGGGAUCUUCUACGUUUCGAAUCAGGCGACUUCAAAUGGGAGCCUCACACAAACGAAUCCUGGUCAAACGACUCGAGCGACGACACAUAUCAAAUCCAGGACUUCAACAUAUCACUACCCUUCUCAAGCAGUCCAGAGAUAUAUCCAUCAAAUGGAUGGCGCUGUCCUUCCCAUGCAGCAUCACCAUGUAAUACAAACAAUGAAUAUGAAGUACCACGCGAUAUAUCCCAAUGGACACCGUAUCAGAGCAAUCUCAAAUACUGCCUUGUUGAACAGGUCACCGAGACCUGUGAGUUACAGUUCAGCUUUGCUAUCGCCGCGUUGAUAAUCCUUGCAAAUGCAGUCAAGGCCAUCUGCAUGGCUUUUACCGUCCGCAUGUGUGGGAACCAUGCAGCUCUGGUGACAAUAGGCGACGCAAUUGCGACUUUUCUGGAUCACCCAGAUCUGACUACGCAAGGACGAUGCUUGCAAACACGUCGCCACGUCGAAAUGUGGUGGAAUUGGAAUGAAUGGGCUGCAAAAAGCCGAACCGAUGGAUAUCAAAGAGACCUCAGAAAGUUCAAGCCGACAAGAUUUAUGUGGGCAAUGGCGCCAAGCGAAAGGAGAUGGGUCGCCACAUAUUGGGCCUACGGUUUCCUCGUCGUUUUUAGUAUUCCAUGCAUCGUUGGUUCACUCCGCGGCAAGCCCUCCGAUCUUGGAGCAUUAUGGCGGACGGGCUUCGGCGCUAUUCAAGGCAACAACCUUCUCAAUAUCCGUACUCCACUUCUACGCGGUGUGCUUCUCGCGAAUAUCCCACAAGCUCUCUUUUCAUAUCUGUAUCUCGCCUUCAACGCACUCUACACAACCAUGUUAGUUGCAGCAGAAUGGUCAAGCUACGGUGUUGACCGCAAAACGCUCCGCGUUACAGCGCCAGCUGGCCAACAACGCAGCACCUACUGGCUCGGUCUCCCUUAUCGUUACGCAAUACCGAUGACCAUCACCUCGGGCCUCCUUCACUGGCUUGCGUCACAAAGCUUCUUCAAGGUGCAGAUCGCGAUCACCGAUACCCAUACAAGAGAUAUUGUGGGUGAGAUCUCGACCUGCGGAUAUUCUCCCAUCGCCAUUAUCUUGACUACUGUCUUAGCAAGUGUCAUCGCUCUGGGAGGUGCUAUAUCGAGACGACUGUGGUAUCCCGCUGGCAUUCCGCUCGUGGGCAGCAACUCGGCGGCUAUCAGUGCGGCUUGCCAUGCGCCUCCGGAAGAUGUAGAUGCGAGUUUGCUGCCUGUGCAAUGGGGUGCGGUUACACACGGAAGAGAGGACGGGAACGGGAACGAGAAAAUUGGGCACUGUUGUUUCUCUAGUCUACCUGUUGAGACUCCCAUCGCAGGGAGAAUGUACAUGUGA